AUGUGGUAUGGAGAACGCCUAAACAAACGGAGAAAUGCAAAGAAUCCUACUUUUUCACUCUGUUGUAUGGAAGGUCAAGUGCAAUUACCUUUUUUGAAAGAACCACCACCAGUUCUUAAAAAGCUUUUGGAAGGAGAUGAUCCAAGAAGUAGACAUUUCCAGAAACAUAUAAGACCUUAUAAUAUGGUGUUUUCCUUCACUUCCCUUGGUGGUAAAGUAGAGAGGUCUUUGAAAAAAGGUACAGGCCCUGAUAUGUUUCAGCUUCAAGGAGAAAAUUACCAUUUACUGGGUAAUUUAUCACCACCUGAUGGAGGCGAACCAAAGUUUGGACAGCUAUACAUAGUUGACACAGAGAAUGAAGUCGAAAAUCGUGCUAAAUGUUUAAGCUCUGCUAAACAGAAACUCAGCGUGAAGAAGAAGGAUCAACUCAGGAAUGAUAUUAUUGAAGCAUUGAUGAAGAUGUUGAAUGAAGUCAAUCCAUACGUGAAGCAGUUUAGAUCAGCAAGGGAUCGCUUUAACACAGAUCCUGAUAAUUCUUUUCAUAUGAGGAUUGUUAGUGAGAGGUUAAAGGAUGGAAGAACAUAUGACACACCCACAGCCUCAGAGGUUUCUGCGCUCAUUCCUGGAGAUUUUAAUCUUGAUAUGGACAGAAGGGAUAUUGUUCUACAACAAAAAUCAGGAAAACUGUUGAGAAUAAACGAGAUUCAUGCCGCCUAUCUUGCGCUUCAGUAUCCUCUUUUGUUUACAUAUGGAGAAGAUGGUUUCAGACUCGGUAUUAAGAAAGGAGUUACACAAAAGACGAAGAAACAUAAGAAGCCUAAUAUCUCUAUGAGGCAAUUCUUUGCUUUUCGGAUGCAUGAACGCAAGAAUGAGUCUCAUUCUCUCCUACAUUCUAGAAGGCUAUUUCAGCAGUUUGUGGUGGAUGCAUUCACGACAAUUGAGUCUAAUCGCCUGCGAUAUUUGAAGUUAAACCAACCUUCCUUGCGAUCAGAUAGCUAUGAUUCAAUUAAAGAGUCUGAGAAUGCAGGGAAAGUGGAUAUGAGUGACCAAGGAUCAGAGUUCACAUUACCAGCUUCAUUUGUCGGAAGUCCAAGAUAUAUGAGGAACAAUUACUUGGAUGCUAUGACAAUAUGUAAGCAUUUUGGAUUCCCAGAUCUGUUCAUCACUUUUACAUGUAAUCCCAAAUGGCCAGAGAUCACAAGGUAUGUUAAGGCAAGGAAGCUAAAGGCUGAAGACAGAUCAGACAUUAUUUGUAGGAUUUUCAAGAUCAAACUUGAUUCAUUGAUGGAUCAAUUAACCAAGAAGAAUAUUUUGGGACAGACACGAUCUGCUAUGUACACCAUUGAGUUCCAGAAACGUGGUUUACCACAUGCUCACAUUCUCUUAUUCAUGAAGAAAAUUAAGCUUCCUACAACAGACGAUAUUGAUAAUAUCAUUUCGGCAGAGAUUCCUAAUAAAAAAGAUGAACCCGAGCUUUAUGAGGUGAUUAAAGAUAUGAUGAUUCAUGGACCAUGUGGACCAGCUAAUAUGAAAUCACCAUGUAUGGAGAAUAGACGUUGCUCUAAGUCAUAUCCUAAACCAUUUGCUGAGAAGACCACUAUUAAUAGUGAAGGAUUUCCUGUUUACAGAAGGCGUCAAGAGUCAGAACACUUUGUUUUGAAGAAUGGGGUGAAGUGUGACAAUCGAUAUGUCAUUCCUUAUAACAGGAAAUUAUCUCUUCUUUUCAGAGCUCAUAUUAACGUUGAGUGGUGCAACCAAGUUGGGUCUAUUAAGUAUUUAUUCAAAUACAUUAAUAAAGGACAGGAUCGUGUCACGGUUGCCGUGGAACCCCCAGACAAUAUUGUUGCAAGUGAGUUAGGAGAUGUCGAGCUUACUAAGGAGAAGAUGGAAAAAAAAAGGAAUGAACUUAAGGAAUUCUUCGAUUGCAGGUAUAUUAACAUCACAGACAGUUGCAUUAUCCAAAUUUAUUUUGUUUUCCUGCGAUUUACAUCACCUUCAAUUUGAUCUUGCAGGUAUGUCUCCACAUGUGAAGGCACGUGGAGGGUUUUCAAAUUUCCCAUUCACUAUCGUUCAACUCCUGUUGAGAAGCUUAGUUUCCACCUCCCCGAUAAGCAACUGGUUACGUUCAGAGGGAAAGAUAAAUUGAAAGCAGUCGUCAGUCGCAAGCUCAUUAAAAAUACCAUGUUUUUAGCUUGGUUUGAGUUGUGUAAAAUCGACGAGCUUGCAAGAACAUUGACCUAUGCUCAGAUUCCAAACUUCUUUACUUACAACAAAAAGUCAAAGAUGUGGAAUAGAAGGAAACGAGGUUUUGCUCUAGGAAGGAUUACUUAUGCUCCUAGAUCGCAGGAAGAUGCAUAUUUCUUGCGUGUAUUGUUGAAUGUUGUCAAAGGACCCACCAGUUAUGAGGACAUUAAGACUUAUGAGAAUGUUCUGUAUCCGAGCUACAAAGCAGCAUGUUAUGCUCGUGGGUUAUUAGAUGAUGAUCAGGAGUACAUUGAUGACAUUAUAAGAAGAAGUUUUGAAAGCACAGCAAGUGAGCUAAGGAAAGUGUUCGUUAUGAUGCUUAUGAGUAACACUUUAUCGAAACCAGAGACUGUAUGGGAAAGCACUUGGCAGUUUUUAUCUGAAGAUAUAGAGUAUAACAGGAGAAGAGACUUAAAUAGACCAGGUUUAUUGCUGAGUGAUGAUGAUAAAAAGAAGUAUGCUUUGCUCGAGAUAGAGAAAGUUUUGAAGCGUAAUGGUACUUCUUUAACAAGAUUCACAACUAUGCCGAAAUUGCCAGUCUUAAGCAGUCACGAUGAUAAUGUCUUGGUGUCAGACGAGCGCAGCUAUUGCCGUUCAUCUUUGUUAGAAACUCUGGAUAGAGAUAUUUCAAAGAUGACCUGCGAGCAAAGGAACAUAUAUGACCACAUUCUUUCGGCAGUUAAUAAAAGAGAUGGUGGAAUGUUUUUUGUUAGCGGUUUUGGUGGGACUGGAAAAACAUUCCUCUGGAAAUUGCUUUCUGCAGCUAUCAGAUCCCGGGGAGAUAUUGUCCUAAACGUUGCUUCCAGUGGCAUUGCAUCGUUGUUGUUGCAAGGGGGUCGGACAGCUCAUUCCAGAUUCGGUAUUCCCCUUAAUCCAGACGAGUUUUCAUCAUGCACUAUGAAGCCUGGAUCUGAUCAAGCAAAUUUAGUGAAAGCAUCUUCACUUAUUAUAUGGGAUGAAGCGCCUAUGAUGAGCAAGCAUUGUUUUGAAGCUUUGGAUAGAAGUUUAUCUGAUAUUGUGGGGAAGCACGACACACAGCCCUUUGGUGGAAAGGUUAUUGUUUUUGGUGGUGAUUUUAGACAGGUGUUGCCUGUUAUAAAUGGAGCUGGCCGAGCUGAAAUUGUGAUGGCCUCACUCAACUCAUCGUAUCUUUGGGAGCACUGCCAAGUGCUCAAGCUCACCAAGAAUAUGAGAUUGCUAUCAGCCGGAUUGUCAAUAGAAGAGUCAAGGGAUCUACAGGAAUUUUCAGAGUGGAUAUUAAAGGUCGGUGAUGGAAAAAUUUCUGAGCCUAAUGAUGGUGAGGCAGAGAUUGAAAUCCCCUCUGAGUUUUUGAUUACGGAAUCUAAUGAUCCUAUACAAGCAAUCAGCGAGGAGAUAUAUGGAGAUUCAAAUUCAUUGCAUGAACACAAAGACCCCAAGUUUUUUCAGGAGAGAGCUAUCCUAUGUCCAACUAACGAGGAUGUUAACAGAGUAAAUGAGUAUAUGCUCGAUCAGUUAGAUGGUGAGGAGAAAAUUUAUAACAGUGCCGAUAGCAUUGAUCCCACUGAUACAAGUUCUGUUAACAACGAAGCUCUAAGUCCUGAUUUCCUGAAUACGAUUAAGGUUUCUGGUUUACCAAAUCAUUCUCUUAGACUAAAGGUAGGUUGUCCGGUUAUGAUUCUGAGAAACAUAGCGCCUUCUGAUGGCUUGAUGAAUGGGACGAGGCUGCAGAUCACUCAGCUAAUGGAUUUCAUGGUUACAGCAAAGAUUUUAACAGGGGAACGAGUUGGUGAAACAGUUGAUAUCCCUAGAUUGUUGAUAACUCCAUCAGACACCAGAUUGCCUUUCAAAAUGCGCAGAAGGCAACUACCUCUAGCUGUGGCUUUUGCAAUAACAAUCAACAAAAGCCAAGGGCAGUCACUAUCUAAAGUUGGUCUUUAUCUACCAAGACCUGUCUUUUCUCAUGGUCAGCUAUAUGUUGCUGUAUCUAGAGUCACUUCGAAAAAAGGUUUAAAAAUUUUGAUACUUGAUGAAAAUGGCAAACCUCAGAAAAAAACUAUGAAUGUAGUUUUCAAACAAGUUUUCAACAACCUUUAA